AUGCCAACCGACCGACGGGGUUCGUCCCUCACGCUGUGCGACGAUGGAUGCAAGCAAAGCACGCACGGAGGAGCACCUUCUGCCGCACUAUUACUUGACGCUGGAUCGCUAAACGGGAUGCAGAAUGACUCGACGGCCAUUUUGGAAUGGUCAAACAUGACUUAUCCCAACGUCAGCGCGGCCGACGUCAGCGCGGCCGACGCGGGCGCGGCGAACGUCAGCGCGGCCGACGCGGGCGCGGCCGACGCGGGCGCGGCCGACGUCAGCGGGCCCGCCGGCUCGGCGUAUCGGCCGUACGCGCUGUUCAGCGUGCUGACGCUGACGCUGUUGGCCAUGCUGGCCGUGGCCACCUUUGUGUGGAACCUGCUGGUGCUGGUGACCAUCCUGCGGGUUCGCACGUUCCACCGGGUGCCGCACAACCUGGUGGCGUCCAUGGCCAUUUCUGACGUGAUGGUGGCGGCGCUGGUGAUGCCGCUGAGUCUGGUGCACGAGCUGAACGGACGGUUGUGGAAGCUGGGCCGGGUGCUCUGCCAGGUAUGGAUCUCCUUCGACGUGCUGUGCUGCACGGCCAGCAUCUGGAACGUGACGGCCAUCGCUCUGGACCGCUACUGGUCCAUCACGCGCCACCUGGAGUACACGCUGAAGACGCGCAAGAAGAUCUCCAACGUGAUGAUCGCCCUGACGUGGCUGCUGUCCUCCAUCAUCUCGCUCUCGCCGCUCUUCGGCUGGGGCGAGACGUACGCCGAGGGCAUGAAGUGCCAGGUGAGCCAGGAGCCUUCCUACACCAUCUUCUCCACCUUCGGCGCCUUCUACCUGCCGCUCUGCGUGGUGCUCUUUGUCUACUGGAAGAUCUACAAGGCGGCCAAGUUCCGGAUCGGCUCGCGCAAGAGCAACGCCGUCACGCCCAUGGCGGAGGCAAAAGAGGAGGCCGGGCGGCCCCAGAUGGUGUUCACGGCGCGCCACGCCACCGUCACCUUCCGGACGGACGGCGACACGUGGCGCGAGCAAAAGGAGAAGAAGGCGGCGCUCAUGGUGGGCAUCCUGAUCGGAGUCUUUGUGCUGUGCUGGAUCCCGUUCUUCAUCACCGAGCUGAUCGUGCCGCUGUGCUCCUGCGACAUCCCGCCCAUCUGGAAGAGCAUCUUCCUCUGGCUGGGCUACUCCAACUCCUUCUUCAACCCGCUCAUCUACACCGCCUUCAACAAGAACUACAACAACGCCCUGAGGAAUCUCUUCUCCAGGCAACGUUGAGCCAAUGUCCUCGUGAGGAGGGAAAAAGUGCUUUGGAAGGAAACGCUGGGACGCAAGCGGGAGGGAAUCCGAUCAAAGGAGACAUACGUACGACGACCACGGACGUACUGCGGGAGGAGGGAAGCCUCCGCCCGGAGAGGGCAGAAGCGCUGGUGGCUGGCGUUUACCAAAUGGCUUGGACUGGCGCCGCUUCCGAGGCAAUUAGCCGCUGGGAGCUGACGAAUGAAGGAAAUCGGACGCCGCUGGCAACUCCGUGAGAUCACAGCUGGAGGUACGCCUGCACUAUCGGAAAAGUCUGGCAAGCAGACUCUAGGCAAACGCUAUGUUCCCCGUCAAAUUGGAGUCGCCUGACUGACUGACUGACUGACUGACUGACUGACUGACUGACUGACUGACUGACACUUUUCCAAGGGUCCAACCUGGAGAGAUUUUGCCUGAUUCCUACCAAACAAAUGAUGAACACUUGCGCCUCCUGAGGUCACUUUUGGCAUGCGUGGCGUGUAGUGUACUCGUCUUUGACGAAGCGUGGCAAGGUGCAGGUGUACUUCAUGUUGGGACGGGCUUUCGGGGCUCUUCCGAUCAAACGUACGUCAUCGGAUCGGAGAUGAAAGAAAGUCUAGUACGUCCCGCAGACUGUGUUCAUCCGCUUCACUUUGUUAUUCCCAAGACGGUCUUUCUCUCUCUCUCUCGCACACAGUUAACUCUUUUGCAAGUCACGGGAAUUUCCCA